AAUCUACCGCUAUCAGUCUCAUGACUACUCCUUCAGCAGCAUGGAGGGCUUGUUUCAUGCGCUCGGAGGGAAUGACUUUAUCCAGAUGCUGAAUCGGACCCUUGAUGAGACUUUGCAGAAGGCUGGCUUCUCCCAGAAGUUUAUCGAUGAGAUGGUUACUCCAAUCAUGAGAGACAAUUAUGGCCAAGGUGUCAACAUUAAUGGGUUUGUAGGUGCGGUGUCUAUGGCAGGUGCUGACUCUGGACUUUGGUCAGUAAAAGGGGGCAACAAACUUGUCUGCAGUGGUCUUCUUUAUGCUUCCAAAGCACAACUUGUCUCUGGCACAGUUAUCUCUAUAGAGGAGAGAACACGGCCCAAACGCACAGGAGGUACAGUUAAGCUGUAUGAAGUGAGCUACAACUCUGCAUCAGGGUCAGCUACAGACAUGUACGAUAUAGUUCUCAUUGCUACACCCCUGAAUCGUAAAAUGUCCAACAUAACCUUCCAGAACUUUAACCCGCCCCUUGCACAGUUCUCAGACCAUUACCAUCAGAUGGUGGCAACUUUUGUUCAUGGGCACAUAAACGCAUCCUUCUUCGGCUACAAGGACACAUCCCACUUUCAUUUAGCCAACAUUUUUACAAUGGAAAAUCCCACCCUAUUUAUCUGCAGUAUAGGUGUUGUGUCUCCUGUCCAAAACACACAUGAGGACGUGAAGCAACCCAUGGGACCUGCCGUUUGGAAAGUGUUCUCGAAAGAACCUCUCACCAAGAAGCAGAUGAAUUUGCUUUUCUCAUCCUAUGAUUCUGUGAAAGAGAAGAAGUGGCUGGCUUACCCGCACUAUCGUCUCCCAAACACAUGCCCACCUAUAAUCCUGCACGACAGAAUAUACUACCUUAAUGGCAUAGAAUGGGCGGCAAGUGCCAUGGAAAUGAGCGCAGUUGCCGCCAAAAAUGCAGCCCUCCUUUCUUACCAUCGCUGGUAUGGAAAUGUGAACAUGAUUGACCAGGAGGAUUUACAUGAGAAACUCAAAACAGAGCUGUGAGUUUUACCCAGGUAUGAGCGACAAAUCCCCAUGGCUGAUGAGUCUAGAUUGCCCAGAGAAAACUGAUCAUGGUAUUGAUCAAAUGCUACAUCUUUCUGGCCCACCUUACUGUUAAAAAUGAAUAUAUGGCAAUAUUUUCCCCUCUAACCUGAUACAUUAGUCACAAGUGUUACCUAUCACAAUAGUGAAGAUGGAAAAAUUCCAGAGAGGUGUAGGAUUUUUAAAUUGCUCCUUCCCUUAUGUAUUCUGACCCCAGCUCAGGAAAGCACGUAAGCAUGUACUAAAGCCCAUCCCUAUUCAAGAUAAGCACUUAAGCAAGUAUUUAAAGUUAAGCACGUGCUUAAGUGCAGUCCUGAAUACGGAUACGUUCCUGAAUCAGGACCUGUUUAUGUAUAACCACCUAGGCCUCGAUCUUGUUGACAGGUAAGCAUAUGGUUAAAUAUUUGCAGGAAAAGGCCUUAGUGGCUCCUGUGGUAUGACGGAAACUCCUUAAAUAUAGGAAAAAGGCAGGGGAUGUAGAGUCAGAUGUAACAUUAAUUUUAUUUUAAAAACUGAUAAAAUCAAAUUCUGAAACUAGCCUCUAAGAGGCUGUCUGGUCCCAUGUUAUUGGCUCACUUCAUUUCCAACUGCUAACCUUUGUUAAGUCCAGUACAAAUUAAUUCCAUGGUUUCCUAACAGUGUCAGCUUUCCAUUUUAAGCAAUUGCUUUUGUUGCCACAGGGGUCUUAUGGGAGUAGAAAGAGACAAUGCCCUACCAUCUGAAAAGGUUUGGGAGACUUUUUACUAGACUUGACUUUGCUUCUUUUAAGGAAAAUAAUUUUAAAUUGGUUUUAAAGAGGUUUUCUGUAUUUAGUUUUAAAGCGUGGAGCAGUCUGGGUGCAUGUUCUUUAAUGUUACUGAUUUUUUUUCGUUCUUCUAGCUUCAUUAUAAUCUUGGAAGCCAAAUCUGUAAAACAAAUAAAAGGAAGUUCUUCACACAGCCAACCUGUAGAACUCCUUGCCUGAGGAGGUUGUGAAGGC